AUGCAAAUUUGCAGCUCCAAGAACAUAUUGUGCUGUUUAAUCACUUGUUCACUAAUUCUAAAUCUCUUGCUGUUAGUUAAUGUGUCCCUGAGAAGCAGAUCAUGGGAGAACAGUUGGACGAGAGAUGCAAUGGAGGAAGCCGAAGCAGUAGCGUCGAUCCAUUGUUCGGGCAAUGGAAGGGCUUUCUUGGAUGGUGUUAUUAGUGCUGAUCAUGGCAGGCCUGUUUGUGAAUGCAAUGCAUGCUAUGGUGGAUCUGACUGCACUCAACUCUUGCCUGAUUGCCAAGUUGAUGCAGAUAGUGGGGACCCAACAUUUUUGGAGCCAUUUUGGGUGAAGAAUGCAGGUAGCAGUGCAGUAGUGAUAUCAGGAUGGCAUCGGAUGAGCUAUGAAUUCAGUGAUGGCUCUCUGAUCUCAGAAGAGUUGAAGAAACACAUAGAAACAGUUCAUGCCAUAACUGGGAAUGCCAUAACACAGGGAAAGCACAUCAUAUUUGGUCCUGGAGCUACAUUUCUUCUUCACGCGGCAGUACAUUCACUUUCCCAUCAACAUUCUGCCUCAGCCUCACUUUCAAAUGUUGUCGCCUCCAUCCCAUAUUAUCCAGUUUAUAAGGAGCAGACUGAGUUUUUCAAAGCAGAGGAUUAUAAAUUCAGUGGGGAUAGUGCAAAGUGGAAGGAAGAUAAUGAUUAUUUGAAAACAUCAUCGAACAUAAUUGAAUUAGUGACUUCCCCAAACAACCCAGAUGGGAGAUUGAGGAAGGCUGUUCUUGAAGGGCCUUCAGUGAAGAAAGUUCAUGAUCUUGCCUAUUAUUGGCCUCACUUCACACCUAUACCAGAACCUGCAGAUGAGGAUCUUAUGAUCUUUACUUUGUCUAAGCUCACUGGCCAUGCUGGAAGCAGAUUUGGGUGGGCAAUAGUGAAGGAUGAGGCUGUUUACAGAAAAAUGUUGACAUACAUUGAGUUGACUGCCUUUGGAGUAUCAAGAGAGACUCAAUUAAGAGUCCUAAAGCUUUUAAAAGUGCUUCUUCAUAAUGGAAAUGGAAAGGAAAUGAGUGAGUUUGGACACAACAUCAUGAGAAGCAGAUGGAUGAAACUCAGCCAAACAAUGUCUCAAUCAACACGAUUUUCCAUUCAGCAACUUGAACCUCAAUAUUGUUCAUUUUUCCACCAACUCAGGACUCCAUAUCCAGCUUUUGCGUGGGUGAAAUGUGAAAGGGAAGAAGAUAGAGACUGCUAUCAAGUUCUUAAGAAUCUCAACAUUACUGGACGCGCCGGCAGCCUGUUUGGCACGGAAAACCGUUAUGUUCGUUUAAGCUUAGUGAAGAGCCAACAUGAUUUCGAUUUAUUAUUGCGACAACUCAACAAAAUAGUUUCUGAGGAACGUGAUGACGUCACAGUCAUGCCUUCAAUCUCUUCGGCUGUUAGAGAAAACACAUGA